AUGAAGCUGCACUCUAAAUUAGACGACUUGGAAGGACGUUCAAGAUGCAACAACAUUAAGAUCGUGGGAAUACCAGAAGGAGAAGAAAAGGGGAGACCCACAGAAUUUGUCACAAGUCUGAUUCCAAAGCUACUCGAACAAGGGAAUCUCGCAAAGCAGGUGAUAGUGGACCGCGCGCACCGGGUACCGAUGCCAAGAGCCACCAGCACACAGCGCCCGCGGAGCAUCAUUGCAAGGAUUCAUUUCUACCAGGAGAAAGAGAUGCUGCUCCGACUGAGUCGACAAAAUCAACUUGUGUACAACGGUGCACGGAUCUUCAUCUACCCGGAUUACACAGCGGAUGUCAUGACACAAAGACGAGGCUUUCGAGACGUAAUGCAAGCGCUACGGGAAAAAGAGGUGACAUUUAUUCUGCGCUUUCCUGCUAGACUCCAAGUGAACUACGAAGACCAGGGACUUUUAUGUUGGAGAGAUAUAAAAGAGGUGUCUGAAGUGACAGAAAACAGAUCCAGAGACGCAGGACCUGGGCGCACGAAUCACAAAUCUCCAAAGAUGAAGUUCCUUGUUUGCCUUGUGAUGCUGAUCUGUAAUGCAUUGGCCAUUUCAGAUUUGUCGGGGAAAAUGUUCGUUUUUCCUGUAGAAACUGACACUGAUCACGUCAAGAUUACGCCUUCUCAAAGUAGCCUUCAUGCUCUGACCGUCUGCCACCGAUCCUUCACGGACCUCACUCGAUCCCAUACUAUGUUCUCAAUGGCCACACCAUCUAAUGCCAACGCCUUUAUCACCUUAAUACGAAGAGUAUUAAACCUCAUGUCUCUGUUGUGGUUGAACGGGCAGCCACUGACCAAGAAAUACAUCAACCAAUCUCCCAUCAAUGGAAAUUUGAUCGUUGUUUUGGGACAGGAGCAGGACUCUGAAUAA